GGAUCGUAUUACAAAAAGAAAAAAAAUAAGACAAGGGCCUGAGUAGUUUAUAUAGGUUGGCUAAAUGGUCAAAUGACGAAUGAAUAAACACAAGCCGUGCACUGACGACAAGGCUUAUGAAAGGUAUCAUGAUAUGUUGUGAUGUGCGGUAUUCACUCACAGCCAUGUCCCCUUGAAAUUUUUCCCCUCCUCCCCUUCUUCUGCAACCCCAUCUCCCCAUCAUUUUUACCCGAAGUAAUUCAGUCUAAACGCAUAUUCUUCCGCUAUUUCCUCCUUUUUCUUCCGUUUACAUUUACCGAGAAAAAAAAAGCUUGACAGAAGAAGAGAAAUACGACUGUUACAGCAACACGGGGGAGAGGAGGAAUUAAUCAACAGAUAGCGCCAUAACAACAAACACCAACAAUGCAUUGUAUCACCUAUAUGAUUGUAGCGUUCAUACCGUCCUUCGUCUUUUCGUUGGCAGCUCUUCCCGUCGACCGCCCGAGCUCUCUACAGCAGUUCAUCUUGACAUUGUUAUACAUUGUCAACCUUGCCAUUCCGCCGUACUAUGCCGGCACGUUUCCACUAACAUGGGGCAUGAUCACCAGUGUAUGGACUUGGGCGAAUGGACUCAAGAUGGCUGUAUGGUUAUUCUGCAUGCCGCAAGAAGAACGACAGAAACGACCGUUUUUCGGUACCCUGUUUUACUGGCGUGAGCGAACAGUUCCAGGAACUACAGGAGCGACAAAAACGACAAAGACAACAAAAGCGGCAAAAACAGCAGCAGAGACGAAAGAACAAGCAGUAGUGGCACAACCUAAAAAUAAAAAGGUUGUUGAGGUGGUCGAACCUGACGAUAAGUUGAAGAAACAAAAACAACGCGACCUGUCCGUAUCAACGACCGUUGCCAAGUUUCUGCGGGACCAGUUUCUUUUCGACACGUUCGACAUUAUCAUCACCAAAAUGGACGGCCAGCAGCAAUCAAUUGCAGUCUUUGACCAAGCCGUUCGGAUGCUAUUGUUCCAAGCACCAAAGUCGUCCAUGGCAUGGUCAAGCAUCGCCUCCAGUUUCAGCUUGUGCACUCUGUUCUCCAUCUACCUACAACUCCAGCUGCAGGUCACUUAUUCGAUAUUUGUGGUUGUUUUCAGCUUGGCGCACUGGAUCUUACCGUUUUUGGGCAUCAAGGCACAAUGGAUACGUACUGUAGAGGUGUAUUUGGAGCAGGCGAGCGAUAUGCCGCCAGCUUUUGACUCGCCAUGGGAGGCUACAAGUUUGAGGGACUAUUGGAGUAAUCGUUGGCACCAGUUUUAUAACUCUUGCUUUGUGCGGCUUGCCUACCUACCGUUGCGACGUCUUUGCGGUAACGUCAAAAUCUUGCGUCGAACGAUCCCGGUAUGGGGCGUCUUUGCUUUAUCAGGAAUCAUGCACGAGUAUUUCUUGUUUUGCACAACUGGCUCAGCUGUGUAUUGGCAUGGUGGCGCAGGUGGAUGGCAGAUGUUGUUCUUUAUGCUGCAGCCCAUUGGUAUCCAGAUUGGAGAUACGGUUUUUCGACCUGGCUGGCCAGGACGCUUGUGGGCAAUCGGAUGGAUGAUCAUGUUGUCGCAUCUGUUUGUCAUUCCGUAUUUUCUCAGUAGUUAUUUUGAAGUCGUUCAAAUACGCAUUUUACCAGUCGUUUUCAAAUCUUUGUACACAGUAUACCGAUCGAUGAUCAGCAUUUAGGGGGGCCAUCGUAAUACCAUUAUCUCCCGUUAUCACUAGACUCGUCAUCCUGCCCACAACACAGCGCAUGUUCCUGUGUCACUCCAUCCUAUGCAUCGCUGGGCAAUAGAUAGAUCAUCCUUUAUUUAUUGAAAAAACAUAGAAUUUUAUUUUAAAACAUGUGUUUGUUCAUAUUGCUGCGUUAUACUGUAUUAUGUGCUGUACAGGG